CGGCCAGGCCUCCCUCGCCGCUGGGUGGGGCUCCCCUCCAGAGGCUGUCGGCCGAGCUCCGCGCCACUCCACGGCACGCUCAGCGCCAGCCAGCCAGCCAGACGGAACAGACACACUCUGAGCCCACGGACACGACCCAGCCUUCCCUCCUGGGAAGAUGCAGGUACUCAUGAUGCUGCUGGCCACAGUGGGCACCUACUACCUGGGCCUGCUGGCAGCAGCUGCAGCAGCUGUCAACCCUGGCCGACCCGACACCUCUGGCUCGCUGCCUGCUCACCGGCGCCAGAAGAGAGACUGGAUCUGGAAUCAGAUGCACAUCGAUGAAGAGAGAAAUGACUCGCUGCCCCAUUACGUGGGCAAGAUUAAAUCGAGUGUGAACCGCAAAAAUGCCGAGUACCAGCUCAGAGGAGAGUCUGCCGGCAAGGUCUUCCGAGUCGACGAGCACACAGGGGAUGUGUAUGCCUUAGAAAGGCUGGACAGGGAGAAGAUCUCCGAGUACCACCUCACUGCCCUCGUGGUGGACAAGGGCACCAAGAAGAACCUGGAGUCUCCUUCUAGCUUCACCAUCAAAGUUCAUGAUGUCAACGAUAACUGGCCUGUGUUCACCCACCGGGUGUUCAAUGCCUCCGUGCCCGAGAUGUCAGGGAUAGGGACCUCAGUCAUCCAGGUGACUGCAGUGGAUGCAGACGACCCCACGGUGGCAGACCACACCUCUGUCGUGUACCAGCUCACGAAGGGAAAAGAAAACUUCGACAUCCGUGGUCCUGGACUCAUUGUCACCAUGAACAAAAACCUGGACCGAGAGAUGCAGGACAAGUACGAGGUUGUGGUGGAAGCAGAAGAUGCCCAGGGCCGCCGGGGGGAGUCAGGCACAGCCACUGUGUUCAUCACUCUGCAGGACGUCAAUGACAACUUCCCCAUCUUCACCCAGACCAGGUACACGUUUUCUGUACCAGAAGACAUCCGUGUGGGCAGCCCCCUGGGCUCUCUGUUUGUUGAGGACCCAGACGAGCCCCAAAACCGGAAGACCAAAUACAGCUUCGUGCAGGGCGCGUACAGGGACACCUUCACCAUCGAGACGGACCCCACCCACAACGAGGGCAUCAUCAAGCCCAUAAAGCCCCUGGACUAUGAACGCAUCCGGCAAUACAGCUUCACCAUCGAGGCCACGGACCCCACCAUUGACCUCCGCUACCUGGGCAGCACCUCCCCCAAGAACAUCGCCCGUGUCAUUAUCAACAUCACAGACGUGGACGAGCCCCCCAUCUUCCAGCAGCCUUUUUACCACUUCCAGCUGCAGGAGAACCAGAAGAAGCCUCUGAUUGGCUCAGUGCUGGCCAAGGACCCUGACGCUGCUCAACGGGACAUCAGGUACUCCAUCCGUAGGACCAGUGACAAGGGCCAGUUCUUCGGAAUAACCAAGAAAGGGGAUAUUUACAAUGACAAAGAACUGGACAGAGAAGUGCACCCUUGGUACAACCUGACAGUGGAAGCCAAAGAGGUGGAUCCUAGUGGGACUCCCACGGGCAAAGAAUCCAUCGUGCAGGUCCACAUUGAAGUUAUGGAUGAGAAUGACAACGCCCCAGAGUUUGCCAAGCCCUAUGAGCCCAAAGUGUGUGAGAAUGCCCCCCAGGGCAAGCUGGUCGUGCAAAUCUCGGCAAUAGACAAGGAUAUAACACCACGAGAUGUGAAGUUCAAGUUCUCCCUGAGCACUGAGGACAGCAACUUCACCCUCAUUGAUAAUCACGAUAACACGGCCAACAUCAUAGUCAAGUACGGGUAUUUUGACCGGGAGCGCGCCAAGGUCCACCACCUGCCCGUGCUCAUCUCGGACAACGGGAGGCCCAGCCUCACGGGCACCAGCAUGCUGCACGUGACCGUGUGCAAAUGCAACGAACAGGGCGAGUUCACCUUGUGUGAGGAGGUGGCCGCCCAGGCGGGCAUCAGCAUCCAGGCGCUGGUCGCUAUCUUCCUCUGCAUCCUCACCAUCACAGCAGUGAUCACCCUGCUCAUCAUUCUGCGGAGGCGGCUCCGGAAGCAGGCCCGCGCCCAUGGCAAGAACGUGCUGGAGAUCCACGAGCAGCUGGUCACCUACGAUGAGGAGGGCGGCGGCGAGAUGGACACCACCAGCUAUGACGUGUCGGUGCUCAACUCAGCGCGCCACGGCGGGGCCAAGCCCCCGCGCCCGGCACUGGACGCGCGGCCGUCCCUCUACGCUCAGGUGCAGAAGCCACCGCGGCAAGCGCCCGGGGCACAUGUGCCCGGGGAGAUGGCCACGAUGAUCGAGGUGAAGAAGGACGAGGCGGACCACGACGGUGGUGGCCCGCCCUAUGACACGCUGCACAUCUACGGCUACGAGGGCGCCGAGUCCAUUGCCGAGUCCCUCAGCUCCCUGGGCACGGAUUCAUCGGACUCGGACAUUGAUUACGACUUUCUCAAUGACUGGGGACCCAGGUUCAAGAUGCUGGCCGAGCUGUAUGGCUCAGACCCCCAGGAGGAGCUGGUGUAUUAGGGGGUCACGGGCCUCUGGGCCUGGGACCCAGACCACUUGCGGCUGGGGCUAAUGGGACACGAGGCGUUGAGCCCUCCGAUUGUAGCACUCCUGUCCCAGCCUAACAGCCCUUCCUUGCGGGUCCCAGAGACUUCACCACCUUGGUUGGCAAAAUCCAAGUUCCUGAAACGUCCAGGAACAUAUUUCAGCCAUGGCUACUCCCCAAAUGCUGGAAAAUCAAGGCUGGUAUGCUGUCUGGGUUGAGACAUCCAUAUAACCCUGUCACCUGAAAUCGCGGGGUCCAACUCAAAGACUCUCUCUGACUCUUCAAAGCAGCUUAUGCUCAGUUGCUGGCUCAGUUGCUGCAGGGGGUGGGGGGUGGGGGUGGGGUCUUUCCUUGAGGUCCCUGGGGAGGCUGGGGAGGCCCUGGUGCCUGUCAGCCUGGAGGCAAAAGGCUGGACAACAUGACCGUGGGGCAAGACUCUCUGUAGCCCUGACCUACCAGAGACUGGGACCACCCAUCACACUUGUCCCACCUCAGCCUCCUCAUGCUCCCAAGUACCCCCGCAUUCCUCAGCCUCUCCCCAGGCCUGUCCAGAGAGAGGAAGGGCCUCUUGACAUCUCCCAGCCUUGGGUCCUGAGGUGACCUCGCUGGCCCGCCAUGCCUGUAACUAUGCUGUACUGUGUAUUGAAAAUCCACCCAAGGUCAGGGAAGUGGCUCAUUGAACUCUGAAGCAACUGUGAAUUCUCCCUGGAGGAGCAGUGGAGACCAAGUGUGACAAGAGACCAUAGGGUGAGGGCCACCUGCACACCCACUCCCUCCAGAGGGGGCUGGGAGUCACUGUGACCCCAAUUUGAGACUCAUGACACCCCUCCAGUUUUGCCUGGGAAGCAGGGCAGGUGUUCCCAGAGCAAAGACUUCUCCCCAUCUCUCCUGGUCACUCGUUCAUGCUCUUUUUUUCUUCCUUUCCAUCUAUUCUUGAUCUCUUGGCUUAGUGGCACUUAGGAUGUGACCCGUGACUGCACAACGGAGCCGUGCCAUUUAUCUUCACACCUCACUGCUGCCACAUCUCAGGGAACCCCAGCAGGGCCCCCUCCCUGCAGAAGGCAAGGCCCCUGCUCAAAUCCUGUGGUCACCUGUGUCUCUUCCACUUUCAGCCACAUAUGGAACUUUCCACCGCAAACACGUCUUGGGGAAGGGGCAUCACUCAACAGAAAG